AUGGCGUUUGAAGAAAUAUAUGAUUACGUAGAAAGAGAUACAUUCAAAAAGUAUUUUAGAUUGACAAUAGUGCUUUGUGCAUAUUUCAUAUUUAGAAAAUACUAUUCACAAUGGGCGUCAAGAAAACAAACAGAACAUCAAUUAAAACAAGAUGAACAAGAAAAACUAGCAAAACCCUUAAAAGAAGCUGAAGCUCAACAACAAAUUGAAGAAAAAUUAGAAAAAGAAGCAAAUGAAUUUGGAUGGGGUAAGAAGACCAGAAAGAAUGUAAAAAUCACUGAAGCAGUAUUGGAACAAAUCGCAGCUGAGACGAGACAAAGACAUCAAACCGCUUAUAAUGCACAGGAAGACGCUGAUAUUGAGGACUUACUCGAGGAUUAG